UAUGAUUUAUUUCAUUAAGUCAUUUCUUGUAAAGAAUAUAUUUCAAAAGGACUUAAUAAUACGAAAAGUUAUGAAUGGAAAAACACAAAUAAAUUAUUAGAAAAAGGAUUUUUUGGAAUUAAAACAGGAAUAACUGAUUCUGCUGGUCCUUGUUUAGCUAGUGCUUAUCGAUCUAAUGAAAUGGAAUAUUAUAUAAUUGUUGUGUUGAGUUGUAAAAAUUUAUAACUCAGAUUUGAUGAAACUAUUUCAUUGUUAUAACAUGCAAAAU